UUGGGCAAUCCGUGCAAUGUCAGGAAUUGUGGCAUUUUCAUCUCCGUUUUUCUGAAAAUGCAUCCGAAUUCUUGGGACUAUCACAGAAGUUUCAUUCCGGCCGGAAUGAAAACCCGACCCUCGUCCCGUUGACACUCUCUUCUCUCUGGUGGCCUUCCUCUCUCUCCCUUCCUGUACACUCUCCUCCCGCUGCCAUCAACGGCACGAAGGUUUUUGCUUAGUCACCUUGGCCGAAUAGCAUGUGUCUCACGGGCAGCAUACAAGUACUAAUGUCAAGUUUAUGAACUAAUGAGAUGUCGAUGGCAGGAUUAUCAUUGCUAGCUGCUUCCCGUUUAUCUUUCCCUACUUGUUAUCGCGGUUGCACUCUCUCCUUGAAAAUGAAGAAGGCAAUGAUUUCCAUCAAAACACAACCAGCAGAAUCAGGAUACCAACAAGAAAAGGUGAAUAUCAAUGCAGAUGAUCUUUUCCAACAGAAAAGCGCUAUUCGGUCCAAAUUGAGAAGGCAGUUGAGGGCUAUGAACCCUUCAUUAAGACAUGAAGAAGAUUGUGCUAUCCAGAAGAUAGUAUUGGACUCCCCAUGGUUUAAAUCUUCUACUAGUUUGUGCGCAUAUAUAAGCUGUGCAAGCUUAUUUGAAGUUGACACAUCACAAAUUAUAUCCGAAGUUCUCUCAUCUUAUGCUGAUCAAAAUUCUCAUAUGCAGAAGAGCCUAUAUGUGCCACGUGUGGAGAACAAAAAAAGCUUUAUGCGGAUGCUGAAAAUUACAAAUAGAGAAGAUCUAAUUGCGAAUUCCAUGAAUAUUUUGGAACCGUCAGCAAUUGAUAGUUCUGGCAUUGAGCGACAGGAUGUUAUGCAGGCCAAACACCCAGUUGACCUUUUCAUAUUACCUGGAUAUGCUUUUGAUAGAUCUGGAAGACGGCUGGGACGUGGAGGAGGCUACUAUGAUUGUUUUCUUGCAAAUUACAUGGAGCUUGCUUCAAGGAAAGGCUGGCGGCAGCCUCUUCUUGUUGCACUUGCAUACUCCAUCCAGAUAGUUGAUGAUCCUAUUCCUGUAACUCCAACUGAUAUUCAUGUGGAUGCAAUUGCAUCUCCAGCCGGUGUCCUGCAGAUCAGCUCUGCUGCUAUGGAGAGAAUGUGAGAGGUAGUGGUGGUGCUUGUUCGUGUUGGAUGGCUGUACUUGCCAAACAAAGGAAUGACCUCUCUUGGCAAUGAAAGCUCACCAGCGUUACUCGCAGAGUUGAAUUUUAUUCUCAAAUAAACUCGGGUUGUUUGUACAAAUGACCCAGGUAUGAAAAAGUGUUGGUUGCCCUCGUUUGGCCUUUGUAGCCUUGUUAACGUGUAUCUUUUCAGUCAUUGGUUCAUAUUAAUUGGUGUUUGUAUAUAAAACAUUUGUGAAUUUGGCUAAUCACUAUCCGUCCGUCGAUGGGGCGAGCUUGAUUUUGUUGAUUUUC